CAGCUGCCCCUGUGCCAGCCAAUAAUGCUGCCUCUGCUGCUGCUACUGGUACCCGGACUCCUGCCCCGCGCAGCCUCCUUGAAGUCACACGUGCACCGGCGCGGACUGAUAGAACUGGCAGAAACCAUAAACUGUGUUGGCUCCCGCACCCCCCUAGCCUAUGUUAGCUAUGGCUGCUAUUGUGGCCUGGGUGGCCGUGGCCAGCCCCUGGAUGCCAUUGACUGGUGCUGCCAUCAUCACGACUGCUGCUACUAUCGCGCCCGGCAGGAGGCUGGCUGCCAGGCCAAGCUGGAGCCCUACUUGUGGAAAUGUGUCGACCAGCGCAUUGAGUGUGAACCGACAGAGGACAAAUGCCAAGAACUCUUAUGCAAGUGUGACCAGGAGAUUGCUUACUGCUUAGCCCAAACCGAGUACAAUUUCAAGUACCUCUUCUUUCCACGUUUCUUAUGUAGGCAGGGCCCCCUCAAGUGUGACUGA